AUCUGUAGGUGGUUCUUAAAUCUUUGCUGUUCUUCGAACUGCUCUCUUUCCAUUUGUUCUCUCUUGACUACACACUUAAAGGUGCAGGAACGUAAGAACUGAUAGAAUGGCUUUUUAUCAGCAACAACCGUUUUACAACCCGCUCCUCAGGGCAGAUGCAGACUGUGCACUAGGUGAGUACUUAUGUGUCAUAUUAUACUAUUUACAUCAACACAGAGAAUCCCAUUCAGUGGCCAAAUCCAGGGAGGCCUGCAGGACGGGAAGAGCAUUAUCUUAAGCGGACGGGUUUUACCAGGGGCUAACAGAUUUCAUGUGAACCUUCAGUGUGGUUCUCAUUCUGGGGCUGAUAUUGCUCUGCACUUUAACCCACGCUAUGAGAGCUCUGGGUAUGUAGUGCACAACACCUUCCAGAGCAGGUGCUGGGGCUCAGAGGAGCGCAAAUAUGAAUCUCCCUUCCCCCAAGGCCAAACAUUCACCUUCCAGAUCCUUGUUGAGCAGGGCAAAUACAAGAUAUCUACUAAUGGGAGACACUUCAUGGACUAUAGACACCGCAUUCCAUACACUCAGGUGGACACUAUCUCGGUGGAGGGAAUGGUGGAGUUGAACUCUAUUGCCUUCCAGAAUCCUGCGCCUUAUUUUCCUCCACAACCAGCCUUUCCAGGUUAUAUACCACCUCAAGCAGGAUAUCAGCCUCAGUAUGCUGUCCCUCCAGGAUGUGGGUUCCCGGCAUACCCAUCUGCACCCAACUAUACUAUCCCGUACAAAACUGUCAUCAAUGGUGGACUUCACCCUGGCAAAAACAUUGUCAUCCACGGAGUUAUCAAUCCCAAUGCUAACAGAAUAACAUUUAACCUGCGCUACAGAAGUGGGAUUGCAUUGCACUAUAAUCCUCGUUUCGAUGAGAGAGUGGUUGUGCGCAACACCAAUCAGAUGGAGCAGUGGGGUACGGAGGAACGGUCCGGAGGCUUGCCGUUUCAAAAAGGACAACCUUUCCAGGUCACCAUCUCCUGCAAUCCCCAUCAUUACAAUGUGUUUGUCAAUGGCAAACAAGCACACACUUACAAACAUCGCUACACAAAGCUGAAGGACAUUGAUAUUUUGGAGAUUUGCGGAGACCUGAAGCUGACUUUAGUGCAGGCUUAACAGGAAUCUGUGGUUUCAUUUUUAAAUCACUUUUAAUAGAAAGAUAAGGGAAAGCAUUGCUAAUUGUUGAAAAGUAGAAUUGCUUUCAAAUACAGAAAAAUGGCAGACCGUAAACAUGAACAGCACUGUGAUUUUGCUAUUUUGAAUUAACAUAAAACCCUUUUUGUUAUUUUGGCUACAUAUUAUAUUACUACAUACAUAUGUAGUAUGUUAUGUAUAUGGUAUUACAGUAUAUAGUUGCUUAUUUCUAUAUAGCCAUCUUGAUACUCUCAUCACUCUUGCUGCAUGUUUAAACUAAUAAACUAUAACACAAAUAAACAGCAUAAACAUUUUCUAAUUAUACCUUAUAUCUCUCUCCAAAAUAUCAUGAAUUAUGUUAAGUUAGGAAAAGCUAGCCCGUUUUAUUUUUUCAAAAUAGUGAAAUAAAUUAUGUUAAUGAUUACAUUUUUUGUGUUUCUCAACAAUAAGCCCUAAUAUGUAGCUGCUCAUCUCACCCAAAAAGAAAAAUGCAAUAAA